CCGCCACAACACAUCAAGAAGAAGAAGAAGCCGGAGCCGAAGAAGAAGACGGCGGGAUUCUAAGCGGGGGAUAAUAAGUUCUACUCGAGAGCAGGAGCUCAAACACGCUUCAACAGAAAAUACACCCGUGUCUAUGUCUUGAUUCCUUUUUUUUUUUUUUUUUUUUGAUAUUCCCUGCAAAUGGUCAAAAUGAGUGUGCCAUUAAGGGCCGAUCUGUCUGCUGAGAAUAACAAGAAAAAGAGGAGAGAACUAACUGAUGAACAGAAGGAUGAGAUUAGAGAAGCAUUUGAACUCUUUGACACCGAUAAGGAUAAAGAAAUAGACUAUCACGAACUAAAGGUGGCAAUGCGAGCCCUUGGUUUUGAUGUGAAGAAAGCUGAUGUUAUGGCGAUCUUAAAAGACUUUGGCCAAACAGGCACUGGAAAAAUAACUUAUGAAAUUUUUAAAGAAGUUGUCACUGACAGGAUAUUAGCUCGGGACCCAAAAGAAGUUGUUCUUAAGGCAUUUAAGCUAUUUGAUGAUGAUGACUCGGGAAAGAUCAGCCUGAAGAACCUGCGGCGUGUGGCCAGAGAGUUAGGAGAAGACAUGAGUGAUGAUGAGCUGAGGGCUAUGAUUGAUGAGUUUGAUACUGAUGGAGAUGGAGAGAUUAGUCAAGAGGAGUUCCUCUCUAUUAUGACUGACGACUCCUGAGCUUUUUUAGUACGGUCAAAUCUUACCAAGUAUCCUGUAGCAUAUGGACAGAAGUCAUGCCAUGGCUUUAAGUUUGAAAAAGGCGCUUAAAAAUCACUAGUGUUUACACCAUGUAAAACUUUAUUUGACUACUUGAUCACUGUUUUAAGAGAUGUUAGUGUUGUAGUACUAAGUGUUAUAGAUGUUAAAUAUUUGUGAGCAUUAGGUACUGUAACUCCCACACACUGUCAGUUAUUACCCAUCAGUUAGUUACUGAUGAACAAUAACUUGAGGAAUUAAAUCUGGUAUCAUUUAUAUAGUUUGGUACAUUUCUGUUGAAGUUAAAUAACUAUCCUGCAUGUACGUAUUUACUUGUACAACUUACAAAAGAUUAAUGUAUAUACAGCAUUACAGAGUUUAAUUGUUAAUGUUUACAUGUUUGCAUCACUUAUGUGAAAAAUUACUAAUUUGAUGAAUCAAAUUAAAUUAAAUUAGCCACAACAGCUAUGCUAAUGCAGUAGAAUCCCAUCACUAAAAACUGAUUAUAAAUACAAAUUAUAAAAGCUUGAAAAAGUAAUUUAAGUCUGUUGCUCUAAUGAUUUUUUUUAAGUAUAAAUGAUCCAGUAGGUGUAUAGUAUCCAUCCAUUUAAAUGUUUGUUUUUUUUCCUGAGAGAUCACUAUGACUGUAGACAUUUGGGAAUCCUAAGUAAUGAGGUGCCGUUUAAGUGCCAGGCUCCUGUCACAACUCUGUUUAUUGUAUUUUUUUGUUUUAUCUGUCAUAGAGUUUCAAAUCUAUUUUCUGAUUUAGUCAUUUUGUGUGCAGCUUAGUGUUUUUUGCGUUAAUUUUUCAUUUGUCACUAAACAAUCACAGAAUUCUGAAAUCUGUUGUAAAUCUGACCUUAAGUCCGAUGAACUUCAAAGACAAAAAAUGAAAAGAAAACCAUUUUCAAAAACAAGAGUGUUUAUAUACCCCAUAGUAGAGAGAAAAAAUUUUGAGCAUGUCAAAAACCAAACAGGAUUUUAGAAUGGUAGGAUAAUGUGCUUCCCUGAGACAUGGCUACACGACAUGGCAACUUGUAAUAGUAGUAAAGCUGCCUUGCUACAAUGACCAUUGUUAAAAAUAGAAUUAAAUUAAAAGGAAACAGUCAUAUGUUUGCUUCUGCUUGCCACUACAGUUAAACAGUGCGUCCAUGGGUUCCAAACUUUGCCCAUUGCAAAAUGUCUGCAGUCACAGGUCAAACCUAAUCCUAAUAUUUAUGAUUGUUAGUUUGAUCAAUUACUUUUAAGUCUGAGAAAAUACAUGGUCCUAAUUUCACAUUGAUUAAUGCUGAAAGUUAAAGCAGAAAGUCUAUAGUUCAUGCACACCCUAAUUUUUCACUGCACGAUCAGAUUACUGGCCAAUGUGCAAUACAAGGGUAAACCCACUGUAUUUACAUACAUAAAGGCUUGAUUGUAGACUUUACUGAUGAUGUGCAUAUAUCCUCCAGCAUGUUCUUGACUUACCUAGGUGUUGUGAAGGUUUAGUUUUUUUUUAAUAAAAGAAUUUUGUGGUGAUUCACUUAA